CUAUUCUCAUUUUUCAAUAACUUUGUGUUCAUCCUUAAUUCUAUAAAAAGGGACGAGGAGAACUGGCUUAGGGUUUGAAACAAAAAACGUUGUGUCCAGACUCUUCUAGCUUUAAGUAUAUACUGACCUGUAAAAUUUACACUGCAUUUUUUUCUCUGUUGUCAACGUUCUAAAGGCUCUUCGGGCAUUAUUUGCAGAGGGGAAAAAAGAUUUUGAGGCUUUUGUAACGCACUAUGGAAGGUUCCAAGGCAGAGGAUAAUACACAGUCCAGUCACAGCAAUGACGAAGAAAAUGAAGAAACUGCUGCAGAGAACCCACAAGAGGAGAAGAAUAAUGGCUCUUCUAAAGAUUCUUCCAACCCUGGAAAGAUCUUCAUUGGUGGUCUAUCAAGAGAAACAACCACAGCCACAUUUACAAAGUAUUUCAGCAAGUAUGGAGAGCUUACAGAUUCGGUCAUUAUGAAAGACCGUGCCACAGGAAACCCUAGGGGUUUUGGUUUUGUUACUUAUGCAGAUCCCUCUGUUGUAGACAAAGUUAUUAAGGAUAAACAUGUAAUAGAUGGUAAAACGGUUGAAAUCAAGCGAACAAUACCAAGAGGGAACCCACCAUCUAAAGGUCCCAAAACCAAGAAGAUUUUUGUAGGUGGCAUUCCCACAUCAAUUACUGAAGAUGAGUUCAAGAAUUAUUUUGCCAAGUUUGGAAAGGUUGUUGAGCACCAGAUAAUGCAAGAUCAUGGUACUGGCCGCUCCCGGGGCUUUGGAUUUGUUACCUUUGACAGUGAGCAGGUUGUUGAUGAGAUUUUAUCUCAUGGGAAGAUGUAUGAAUUAGGUGGAAAGCAGGUGGAAAUUAAGAAGGCUGAGCCCAAGAAACCCCUCCCUGAUUCUGAGCCUGCAUAUGGAAUGGAUGGUAGGCCACCCUUUAUACCAGGUGGCCGUGGUGGCUAUGGGGAUGCUUAUGGUGGAUUAGGUGGCGCAUACAGUAGUUCUUAUAGGGGAGGAGCAGGUUUUGGUGGUAGACCGGGAGUUUAUGGUGGUUAUGGAGUUGGUGACUACAGUAGUGCUUAUGGAGUUUAUGGUGGUAGUACCCUAGGGGGUUUCCGUGGUGAUUCUCCUGCAGGCUAUGGAGGCCGCUUUGGUCCUUAUGGUAGCAGCUUUGGUAGCUAUGGAAGUGGAAUGUUAGGUGGUUAUGGAGAUUCAGAGGGUUUCGGUAGCUAUGGUAGCGGUAGUUAUGGAGGAGGCUAUGACGCAGGGAUUGGGAGUGGUUAUGGCAGUGCAGGUGCUUAUGGUAGUGGAAGGGGAGGAGGAUAUGGUGGUAGUAGCAGUGGUAGAUACCAUCCAUAUUCAAGAUAGAUUAUUGAUUGUUGGGUCAGUGAUCUAUUAACAAAGUGCAGAUUUGAAGGUUCAUCAGACUUAAGCUCGAUCUUCAAAAUAGUAUUAGAGUUUUCAGGUUCUUACAUUCUUGGAUUGGGAUGAUAUGUUGUGGUCAAAUAUGAAAUUGUUGUGGCUUCAUGUGUUUUCUUAAUGCAUAUUUUAAGUGGGUUAGAUGCCUCCAAAAUAUGCUAUUAGGUGAACUUAUUACUUUACAUCUCUUUAAGAGGUUGGUUGUUACAACGGUAUUAGUUGCCACAAUACAGUUUAAUUGGCUGAAUUAUCCGCAGGAUAUUUAGAUGA